UCUUUUUUGGAUUUUUGGUACACCUCUGUGUACACCCCCAAAACCCUGGCCAAUUGUGUCUCAGAAGAUAAGUGCAUUUCCUUGGCUGGCUGUGGAGCCCAGCUGUUUUUUUCCUGUGCUGUAACCUACACUGAGUGCCAUCUCCUCGCAGCCAUGGCAUAUGACCGCCACAUGGCCAUCUGUAACCCAUUACUUUAUACAAGUACUAUGUCCCAUUCUCUGUGUACUGGACUCAUUGCUGGCUCCUACAUAGGAGGGUUCUUGAAUGCCAUAGUCCAUAGUGCCAACACUUUUCGCCUGAGUUUCUGUGGUAAAAAUAUCAUUGACCACUAUUUCUGUGAUGUACCACCAUUGGUAAAGAUGUCUUGUACAGACACCCAGGUCUAUGAAAAGGUCCUUCUGGGAGCGGUGGGUUUCACAGUCCUCUCCAACAUUCUUACCAUCCUAAUUUCCUAUUUCAACAUCCUUCUGGCUAUUCUGAGGAUGCACACGGCUUCAGGAAGGUGCAAGGCCUUCUCCACCUGUGCUUCACAUCUCAUCUCGGUCAUGCUCUUCUAUGGAUCCUUGCUCUUCAUGUAUUCAAGGCCAAGUUCCACCUAUUCCCUGGGGAGAGACAAAGUGGCAUCUCUGUUCUACACUGUGGUCAACCCAUUGCUCAAUCCUCUCCUCUAUAGCCUGAAAAACAAAGAUGUCAAAGAGGCCUUCUGGAAAGCCACACAGAUCAUAAGGCCUCAGAGAUGA